AUGGCGUUUCUCAGCCAACUCUCAGGUCACCUGCAGACACUCAAGGAGAAGACAGCCACGAUGGUUGAAGGAGCGCCAGCGGUCGGGGCUCAUCUGCAGUCACUGAAGGACGGUGCACCAAAGUUGAUCGAAAGUGCGUUGAAUGCCAAAAACGGAUUUCUUAAUAAGGUAAAACUCGACUCGCUUGGCAAAGUGCUACAUGUAUCUGGUUUGGGUCGUUACCCUUCACCAAUUGACAUCGUACCGGUUAUCACAUCCUUCGGAGAACAUCUUCAGAAUGCUGAGUUCAGGUAA